AUGGUGUGCAUCCCCUGCAUCGUCAUUCCAGUUCUCUUGUGGGUCUACAAGAAAUUCUUGGAACCCAUCAUCUACCCCUUCAUAUCCCCCUUCAUCAGCCGGAUCUGGCCAAAAAAAGCCGUUCAAAGCAGCCCGUCUCCAGGGAACACAGGCAAAGUAGAAUGCAAUGGUAGCAGUAAGCCCACCAAUAAUGGAACCAUUAAUGGAAGUGUCAGUCAAGCACAUGAAGAGUCGUCCAAUAAAAAAGACAGACUGAACAAUCCUCGAUGUAUGGGGAAUAUAACCUGA